AUGUCAAUCAAUGAUGAUGCAUUGAUAUGGAUCGAUUUAGAAAUGGAUGGAUUAGAUUUAACAAAAAAUUUUAUCUUAGAAAUUGCUUGCAUUGUAACUGAUUUUAGUUUAACAAAUAUUCAUCAAGGACCUGAUCUUGUUAUUCAUCAUUCAAAAUCAUUGCUUGCUGCAAUGGGACCAUGGUGUAUGGAACAUCAUACAAAAUCAGGUCUUGUUCAACAAGUUUUAAACAGUCAAUUGUCCAUGUUUGAUGCUGAAACAGAAAUAAUGAAUUUUAUUGAGCAAGUAACCUUAUCGUCAACACAUAAAAAACGUCUCAUUCUUGCUGGUAAUUCUGUUUAUGUCGACAGAUAUUUUCUUGAAAAAGAUAUGCCACGUUUAAAUGCUUCACUUGAUCGAUCAAUUCUUGAUUGUAGUACAUUAAAAGAAUUAAUUUAUCGUUUCAAUUAUCAAAUUGCUUGUCAUGCUCCAAUAAAAGGUGGAAAUCUACAUCGUGCACUAGAUGAUAUUCGUAAUAGUAUCAAAGAAUUAAAAUAUUAUCAAAAACAUGCUCUCGAAGAAAAACAACAUAUCAUUCAACAAGUGCAAUAUCCUUUGAAAACAGACGUUCGAGCAUAUCUUGCAUGGAUCGAAAUUAAGACAACAAUCAUACAUUGUAUUCUAACGGAUAGUAAUCUUAAUAUAAUCGAUGAAAUCGUUGAUGGAAAAACAAAUGAUGAUUUAAUGAAUUUUUUUCAUCGAAAUAAAAUUCAUCGAGAACGAACUAUUGUUGUAGCUGGAAUGUAUUUAGGUCCGAUUCGAGCUCAUCUCAAACAAUUAGCACCUCAAUUUAAUGAAUUUUGUCAUUACCGAUCGAUUGAUGUUGAUGUUAUUUCAGUAAUAUGUGAAAAAUGGUUUCCAAAUAUUUAUAUACAACGACCUUUGAUCAAUGAUGAUGAAGAAGAAUUAAAAUAUUCGAUUGAACUUCUUCGUUUUUAUCGUUCUAGUAUAUUUAAAUAG